AUGGCUUCUGGUGCCUCGGUCCUUUCUGCAGAGGAGCUGCAGACUCUAUCGUCGAAAGCUAUUGCGGCCAAAGCCACCGCGUACUGCCCUUAUUCCCAAUUUCGCGUGGGAGCAUGCAUCCUGACCCAGUCAGGGGAGUACAUCUCGGGUGCUAAUGUCGAAAACGCCGCAUAUCCCGUGGGCACAUGUGCCGAACGAGUAGCGUUUGGAACGGCCGUUGUAAGCAGCAAGCGCGAUCCCGAUUCCAAAUCUGGUUGCACUUUUUUCCAGCGGCUCAUGAUUUUCGUCUCAUAA